AGUGACGUCCAUGGAGUCCUGAGAUGCAUUUCUUUUGUUUAGUUUUGCAUGUCUUUUUGGAUUUAUUGCUAGUGAACCAAAAAAUGUUUUCAUUGCCAGAGGCGGCACUCGGUUGGCUUAUUAGAGUGAGCAGAUGACCUGAGCAAAGCAAACAACUGUACCCCAUUUGGGGCUUGCUGAGCGGCGGUGGCAACCAGCGAAGACCACGUCAAAAAGAUGGCGUCUUGCAGCCGCGGCCAGUCGCCGGCCGGCAGGGACCCCGUCCUUCUGUUCUGAUUGAUUCGGUUGCAUGGUUGAUGGUAUCUGAUUGAUUAGGGGUGCAUCGUUAACGGAACAGCCGCGCACGUCGCGCCAUUUCUGAGUUCGUAGUUGGAAUUUUAAAAAGGAGGAUCUGGCCACGCGCGGGCCACAACCUUCGUCGACGGCGACGACUUAGCGCGCGCGUGAGCCGUGAGGCACCCAGCAGGGAGAGACGCGAGCGAGAAGAGGCAGACGGCCGCCGCGCCGCGCGUCGUCGCCGGCGCCACCAAUGGGCACGGUGUCGGUGCGGAAGCGGUGGCGGAAGGCGUGCGGCGCCAUCAAGGACUCCGCCACCGUGGGGAUCGCCAAGGUGAACAGCGGCGGCGGCGGCCGCGAGCGCAAGGACCUCGACGUCGCCGUGGUCAAGGCCACCACCCACGUCGAGCGGCCGCCCAAGGAGCGCCACGUCGCCGCGAUCUUCGCCGCCACGUCCGCCUCCCGCCCGCUCACCGACGUCUCCUACUGCGUCCACGCGCUCGCCAGGCGCCUCUCCAAGACGCACAACUGGGUGGUCGCUCUGAAGACGCUGAUCGUGGUCCACAGGACGCUGCGCGAAGGCGACGCGGCGUUCAGGGAGGAGCUGCUCGGCUACCGGCGCCACGGCCACGCCCUGCGGAUGUCCAACUUCAAGGACGAUUCCAGCCCACUAGCAUGGGACUGCUCUGCGUGGGUGCGCACGUACGCGCUGUAUCUCGAGGAGCGGCUCGAGUGCUUCAGAGUCCUCAGAUACGACAUCGAGUCGGAGCGACUGAGACCUGCAGAGGGAGACCCCAAGGGGCAGAGCAGAACAAGGACCUUAGGCCAGGACGAUCUCUUGGAGCAGCUUCCUGCGCUGCAGCAGCUGCUCUUCCGGCUUGUCGGCUGUCAGCCUGAAGGGGCAGCUUUUGGAAACUACCUCAUACAGUAUGCUUUGGCUCUGGUGUUGAAGGAAAGCUUCAAGAUCUAUUGUGCACUCAAUGACGGGAUCAUUAACCUUGUGGAUUUGUUCUUUGACAUGACAAAACUUGAUGCUGUCAAAGCUCUGGACAUCUAUAGAAGGACAGGGAAUCUGGCGAAGUCUCUUUCAGACUUCUACGAGCUCUGCAGAAGUCUGGAACUAGCCAGACACUUCCAGUUUCCGAUUCUGAGAGAGCCACCACCAUCAUUUCUUGGAACAAUGGAGGAGUACGUCAGAGAAGCCCCUAGAACUGCACCUCUUCCAAAUGAGACCAUAGAGUACCAGCAGCUAGAUUUCGUAAUUCGUUACCAGGAAGAACAAACCCCUGAACUGAAGUUCCAGGCGUUUGAAGAACCUGUUGCAGAGGAAGCUCCUCCUGAGCAUGAAGAACCUGCUCAGUUUGCAGAUGAUGACAGCGACGAUGAGCCUGAAACUCUGACGACUGCCGAUUUGCUGGGCCUGAAUGAAGUAAACCCUGCUGCUGCUGCACUUGAAGAGAGCAACGCACUGGCUCUUGCCAUAGUACCACCAGGUGGUUCCAACAACACGUCUGCUAUCGGCUUCGGUGAGAUAACAGGAUCGUCAGGCUGGGAGCUAGCUCUGGUCACAGCACAGACCAGCAGCAGCAGCAGCAGCAGCCAGCUGGCAGAGAGCAAGCUGGCUGGGGGAUUCGACAGGCUGUUGCUGGAUAGCUUGUACGAGGACGCCGCAAGGAGGCAGCAGGCAACCAUAGAUGCCGCCGCCUAUGGAAAUGGGCACGCUUUUGAUCGGCAGAACGAUCCGUUCGCCAUGUCCAACGGCGUCGCGCCGCCGACUGGCGUGCAGAUGUCCAUGAUGGCGCAGCAGCAGCAAGUCAUGUUUGGGAUGCCGCAGCAGUUUGAGCCUCAGUAUGGCGCCGCUGCCUCUCAGUUGAACCCUUUCGGCGACGCCUACUCUGUUGCACUGGCAUCCCAGGGGCAGGGUGGCACUCUCCAUGCAAGUGUCGGCAGCUUGAUCUGAUGAUUUGAAUUAAUCCAGUUCAGUUUGCAUUGAUGUCUCUACGUCUCCUCGCAGCAGGUGAUCUUUUUUUUAGAUAAUACAUAGCUGAUGAACUGUAUGCUGAUUAGAGUUGUAUUUUUUUAGAUAAAGGAUAUUUUAUAUCCGGCUUCAUCUAUCGACUGAUAGAAUCAGACCAAUUAUUACAAAGUUUAGUCCACCGGCCAACAUGCCGCUAAAAAAUAUCGAACUUAAAAUAAAAACAAUUGGAAUAGAACUGACUAAGAAGAGACAAUAGAUCUAGUUGACAUCCAUCCAUUGGAAUGGAAGAAGUUCAAAGCUGACAUCUCAAGAUACCGUCGCGUUGAAAUCAGCUCAUUCCGUAGAUCCUCACACCACUGCAAUUAUGCCCACCGUCGAAACCAAUGAGUUCCCCUAAAAAGAACCUGCAAAAAAGAUUUUGGUCUACUUUUAUCAAAAAUCACCUCGUUUCUUGUUAGAACGAACCUCUGCAAUUUCAAAGAACUGGAUCUGUAUGUACUGUACCAGUUUAUAGAAUAAAUCCAUAUAAAAACAGGGAAUUACCAUCGGAAGGAAAUAGAUAGCCUGAAGUGGCUUGGUGCCGCCUAUAGAAACGGGCACGCGUCUGUUCAAGCAGAACGAAGAUCCGUUCGCCAUGUCCAACGGUUUGAUGAUGGCGCGGCAGCAGCAGCUGGAAGCCAUGUGUGGGAUGCCGCGACAGUUUCA